AGGAAGGGGCGGGGGAGGGAGGAUUUCAAGAGGAACAAAAGUAAAGGAUUUCUCGGAAAUCACGGAGAGUUCAGGAAUGAAAAUCUGAGGAUCUGUGCGAGACCCAAACGGGGUGAGAACGGCAGGGAGCGGCCACGGCAGUGCCGAAAACACCGGGAGGAGAGCCCGGAGUGGGGAGAAGGGUCUGGAAUGAGGGAGAGCCUGAGCUGAGGAGAUCCCGGAGCUGAGGAGAUCCCGGAGCUGAGGAGAUCCCGGAGCUGAGGAGAUCCCGGGGCUGAGGAGAUCCCGGAGCUGAGGAGAUCCUGGAGCUGAGGAGAUCCCGGAGCUGAGGAGAUCCCGGAGCUGAGGAGAUCCCGGAGCUGAGGAGAUCCCGGAGCUGAGGAGAUCCCGGAGCUGAGGAGAUCCCGGAGCUGAGGAGAUCCCAGAGCUGAGGAGAUCCCGGAGCUGAGGAGAUCCUGGAGCUGAGGAGAUCCCAGAGCUGAGGAGAUCCUGGAGCUGAGGAGAUCCCGAGCCAGGAUGGGAUCGUUACUGAGCCGCUCUGUGGAGAUCCAGAUCUCCAACAACACCCAGAACAUCACCCUGAGGAACCCCAGGACCUUCUUCGACUGUGGCCGCUGCUCCAAGCCCCCCCUGCCAGAGUUGUUCCCCGGCUCCAGUGACAUCUGCCACUUCCCAGGCGACUUCCCGUUCUGGGGCGUGGCGGGGAUCCUGGUCUACGAGGCCGACUCCUUCACCCUGGCCAUCCACUUCUCCAACCCCAUCGACUACAACAAGUUCUCCAUGGAGCUGGGCCUGGAGCUGUCCCCAGGUAGGGCCCACCUGGACAGUUUGGGCACCACCUACGCCCGCAUGGCCAAGGGAACCUACUCCAGCUCCUGCCUGGACAUCAAGUUCACCCGCGUGGUGGUGGGCAGAAGCCACGGGACCGCCCAGCUGAGCCACGGCCCCGUCAUGGUGAUGGCCACCAUGUCCAGAAACACCAGCUCCACCAUCAAGGUGGUGCUGAAAGAGCAGAGGGGAUCGGGGGAGGAAGGCGGGGAAGAGGCACCCCAGGAUGGCGUGAGAAACAGGUCCAGGAGGAGCGAGAACCUGCUGGACUUCGACUGGGACGUCAAGGAGAACCCUGGAAGCGCGUGAACGGCCUGAGAAUCCUGCAGGCAUCACCAGAACCCUGUAGAAGCCUCUAGAAACCCGUGGGUGCAUACAGAACCAUGGAGACAGCUAUGAAACCUUGUAGGACACUCUAGAACCCCACAGUCACUGCUAGAACCCCAUAAACACCUCUAGAACCCUGUAGACAGCUCUAGAACCUCAUGGAUGCAUAUAGAAACCUGGAGAAACAGAUAAACACUGGUAGAAACCUCUAGAAUCCCGUAGGCACAUCUAGAACCCUCUAGGCACAUCUAGAACUCUGUAGGCAGCUCUAGAACCCCGCAGACGCUCCAGGAGAUCCUUCAGCAGAACCUCACGGGCACCAGAGGAACCUCAGAGAAAGCUCCAGAACCUCCCGGGCAGAACGGACACCCCGGGGUUGGGGUGUCCCAGACCCCUCCGCCCUCCCCUCCUGUGUCCCCCCAGCCCCAAACUCCCUCGAUCCCCUUUUUUAUUGGUUUCAUAAAAUGCGAAAUUUUUGCAAAUGG